UUCGCGCAUGCGUGAACUGAUCUGGUUUUUCGCUACCGACCGGGUAGUGACAGCUGUGUUUGUGAGGAAGUUGCAAUUAUGACUGUUAAUAGUUUGCCGUUGCGGGAUGCGUCCUUUCACUUUAGAUUGCUUCAACAGUAUCUAUUUCUUCUGAAGAAAUAUCCCAUUCUGACUAAAUCAAUAACAAGUGGCAUCCUCUCAGCCUUGGGAAAUCUUCUUUCUCAGAUUGUGGAGGCAAGAAAAAAGUCCAAAGAUGAUGAAGUAGUCCAAGAGAUAGACACGGCAGGAGCUGCACGCUAUGCCAUUUAUGGUUUGUUCAUUACAGGACCAGUCAGCCAUUACUUUUACCAGCUGAUGGAGGUGUGGAUGCCAAGUACAGAUCCGUACUGUGUGCUCAAACGUCUGCUUUUGGAUCGCCUUGUUUUUGCCCCUGGCUUCCUGCUGCUUUUCUUCUUCGUAAUGAACAUCCUUGAGGUAAAAGGAUUGGAUGACUUUAUGAAGAAGUUCAGAAGAAGCUACUGGACCGCUCUGAAGAUGAACUGGAGAGUUUGGACACCUUUCCAGUUCAUCAAUAUCAACUUUGUGCCUCUUCAGUUCCGAGUGCUAUUUGCCAACAUGGUGGCCUUAUUUUGGUACGCCUACCUUGCAUCGAUCAGGAAAUGAAGCAUCCCAAGAUUUUAACUCAGGUAAAUCAACUGGAUGGACUACAAUAGGAGAACAAUGAGAUUAUACAUGCAGCCAACUGGUCAGCAGUCUAUUUUUGUGAACAAUAAUAAUAUACCUAGAACUUUCAUCACUGUGAUUUAAACAUUUCUAAUACUUAAAGAGGGUUUAAUGCAGUUUAUAAAAUACACACCAAGACCUGUAUUGCAAGUCACACUAAUACUGUAUUAAAAUAAUAUAAUUGUGUAUUAACUACAGACACUAAAGUGCCUUGAAUGGUAGUCGGUGUUGUAAUAUGAAAAAUAAAAUAUAACAGAAAUACA